GAGUCUGUAUACUACACAGAACAUACUUAGCAAAUAGGGAUGAAAUUAAUUCUAAGAUUUUGAAAAGACUAACAGAUGAAGCCUUAAAAAAGCAAGAAGAAGAAGUAAGAAGAGAAGUGCAAGAAAAACUGACAUCAGAGGAAGAUCAAUCUCUAGAGGCUGCUGAGGAGAAAGCUGAAAAAUCUGAGGACAAUGAUGAGCAGCUUCCACCUGAAACUGAACAAAUGCCCCAGAAACAGUCCAGUGACUCUGCAGGCUAUAAAGAAGAAUCUGAACCUACAGAACAUACUCCACUUGAAAAAGAGCAGAUACCUAACAUGCAGCCUGAACACUCCACAACAGCUUCAGUAACUGAACCCGAACCAGAAAUCAUGCUACCCGAGUUUGCAGAGGAUGAUAUUCCAAAUAUACCAGAAAUGGAAACAAUUAAAAGGAAGAUUGACCUUUUCAUGCAUGACUGGCAAACAGUGGAGUCAGAAAUCAAGAAGUCACCUCUAAUUCAGGUUGUUAUUUUAGAGAUAGCUGAGCAAACUCCAGAAAGUCUGCUUAAUCAAACUGUGCUGGUUAUGGAAAAACCUUUUAAAUAUCAUGGUUGGGAAUUAUCCGAUGAAGACUUAGAUGAGGAAGCAGAAGAUAUGGCUGCUGAAGAGAAAGAUGAAGAAGUUGAAGAAGAGGAAAAUGAAGAAGAUGAAGAAAAAAAUAAGGAAAAGAAAAGGCUCAUGGGAGACACAAAACACUUUUGUCCAGUCAGUCUGAAAGAAAACUUUGUCCUUCAGCCAGGACUCUAUGAACAUGCAGCUAAAUAUCAAGAAAAGAUUUAUUAUUUUUCAACUUCUGAGUACAGAGAUAAAUUUUUGAAGAACCCUGAGGAGUACGUGGCUCGCAAUGAACCAUUACAAGCUCCUCCUUUACGGGUGUGCUUACUUGGAACUCAUGGAGCAGGUAAAACUACUUGUGCACGACAGAUAGCAGACAAAUUAGGCAUUUUCCAUAUUCAGUUUGAAGAAUAUCUACAGGAAUUGAUCUUACCCAAAACUAAACAGAAAGUUGGGCCCCACACUGAUGAAGAACCUGAUGAAGAUGUCAAUGAAAUGCUAAUUCUGUCACAGGAACUGGGAGACUUCUCUCAUACCAUCACUAAAACUGAGACUGAAAACAGCGAACAGGAAGUGGAGUUAACUGAUGAAGAGGAAGCAAUCAAAGCAAAUCUGGUGGAUUAUGAGGCACUGCCUCCAGAAGUCCUUGAUAACAUUGUUCUUGACUGGUGGAGGAAAGAGCCAUUCCGGUCCACAGGGUUUAUACUGGAUGGUUUCCCUCGUACUUCAGAUGAAGCCCAGUAUUUGUUAGAUCGAGGACUCUGUCCUGAUGUUGCAGUUUAUAUUCAAGUAGAAGAAAGCGACAUUCUUGACCGUCUUUUCCCUCCACGUCUGAAAAAAUGGAAAGAAAGCCACUAUAAAAAAAUGGAAAAUAAAAAGAAACUGAAAGAGCUGAAAGCAAAAAUAAGAGAUGAGAGGAUUGCUAGAAGAAGGGAAGAACUUUUAGCAGAACGAAAACAAAUGGAAAAGAAGGUUUUAACAAAUAAGGAGCAUUAUGAAGCCACUGAGGAGGAAGAUGAGAAUGAGAAUGAAGAUGUUGAAGCUAUACUUGAAGAAGAGUUUCCAGAAGAAGAAGAAGAAGAGGCUGAAGAAGAACAGGAGAUUGAGGCUGUUGACCGCAUACAAAAUGAAAUUACAGAACAGUUUGAUUCAGAAACAGUCAGAUUACAAACUGUAGAGGAAGAACUUGAAAAAUCGUUGAUACCACAAAUCAAGAUCGACGGAGGACGGAAACCUCACAUCAUAUUCUACCAAAUAUAUAGCAAGCUGAAUUUGCUAAUGGAAAAUCGUGGAAGCAUUUUUGAGAAAUGUUACCCAAUAAGUUUGCCGCUUGCACAUAAGAUGCUAGCUUUCUCAUAUAAAUUUCCAAGUUCUUUUGGUCAGUGGGAUCCAGUCAAGCUAAGUGAAGGAGAUGUAAUCAAGCCACAACAAAGCCAUGAAAACACAAUGUUUCCUGUAAUCCAUCGACAAUAUAUUUAUUUCUUUUCAAGUAAAGAAAAUAAAGAAACAUUUAUGAAAAAUCCCAUCAAAUAUAUUUGUCAGCCAAAACCUAAACCACCUGUGCCAGUUAAAAUUGCAAUCGUGGGACCUCCAAAAUCUGGAAAGACUACAGUUGCCAAGAAAUUUGCAAGUGUAUAUGGGUUACUGCACCUGAGCAUGGGAAAUGCCAUACGGCUAGUGUUAAAUGAUCAGCCAGAGACUGAGUUGGCACUGAUGUUAAAGCAGCAUCUUCACAAAGGACAGACUGUACCUGAUGAACUGGCCAUCCAGGCUCUAGAUGUGGCUCUGAUGAAUCAUGUGUGUAAUACCACCGGAGUUGUAAUUGAUGGAUAUCCUGUAACAAGAAAACAAGUAAACCUCUUGGAAUCAGCUAGGAUAAUUCCAGUGAAAAUCUUUGAAUUAGAAAUGGAUGCAAAGGAAGUGUUCAGAAGAGCACUGCUGGACAAGGAAAGCACGAACAGACCUCCCUACCCUGUACAUGACAGCUCACAGAUUCUAGCUAUUAAAAAUUCCUGCUACAAACAGCACAUUGAUGCAAUUAGGACUUACUAUAAGAAGGAGCAUCAGAACUGGUGUGUGAUUGACGCCUUUCAGAGCAAGUGGUGGAUCUGGAACAAAGUACUACAGGAAGUUCAAGUGGUUGUUAAAGAAAUACAGAUAUACCUGGAAAGAAUAAGAGAAGGAAAAGCCGCGGGCAUUGCUGGUUUGUGUAUCACUCCCGAAGAGCUGCAGUACCGGCUGGGGGAGUUUGGACAGUACUGUCCCGUCAGCCUUGCAGAAAAGGGUGAAUUGGUUGACUGCUCUGUAACACUGUCACUGCAGUUUGCUGCAGAAUUUCGAGGACACUAUUACAAAAUGGCUUCACAGGAAGAACUGGACAAAUUCUUGAGCAGACCAGAGGUUUAUGUGCCACCACUGGCACCUCGCCCUCUCCCACCCCAAGAUAUGUUACCAAAGAGACUGACUGCAGCAGAAGUGAAGGCCUUAUUCCCUAUAAGUGCUGAAAUGCAGGGAUACUGUCCAGUCACUUACCUAAAUGGAAAACAGAGAUAUGAAGCUCUGGUGCCUGGCAACAUCGAGUAUGCAGCAAAAUAUCAAGAUAAGGUAUAUAUUUUUGAAAGUGAAGAAAAACUUCUGAAGUUUAUGAGGUUACCAGAGAAGUACUGCAAUCUGAAGCUUCCACGUAAACUCCCUCCAAAAAAGGAGCCAAUGCUGCUCACUGCACUUCCCUUGGCUGGAUACCUUGAACAGGGCGUAGCAACUUCUCUAAUAAAAGCUCUGGCUGAAGUAGGCUGCUUAAAACCAAAGUUUCCAUUCCUAAGCGUAAAAAAAACUGCUCUGCUGUUUGUCGCCUGCCAUUUAAAAGGUAGUGUAUAAAAUAAUAUGCUAUAA